AUGCCGCCCAAACAGCCCCAGACAUCGCUGUUCCAAGUUUACCUUCGGUUACGGCCGCCGAUGGCCCAAAAGCCCAAUGAAUCUGACCGUUUUUUGACUGUUGAGUCGCCAGAGGCUUCCCAGGAGGACACAGAGAUCGUAUCACUGGGAUCAACACAUGUUACUCUUCAACCGCCAAAUGACACAAGAAAGCGCGCCGUUGAGAGGUUUGGUUUCACAAAGGUCUUUGAGGAGGCUGCCUCGCAACUGGACGUCUUCCAUGACACUGGGAUGGAGCCCAUCAUACGUGGAGUGCUGAAGGAGAACCGAGAUGGGCUAGUUGCUACCCUGGGUGUCACAGGCAGCGGAAAGGUCUGGCCCCGAAGCUUAAAGUAUUGCGAUAACCAAGCUAAUGGGUUAUAUGCACAGAGCCACACGAUUCUAGGAUCUAAGACGGAGCGAGGAAUGACCCAAAUGGCACUUGACGUUAUCUUUCGUUCCCUAGAGCCAACAACUAAGACCGACGAUUACAGCAUUACCCCCGUAAUGCUUGCCUCCUUGGCCGCCGCAGACGCUUCUGAAGCCCAAUUGUUCUCCGCCCAGACAUUUUUAGAAGCUGUAUAUGGCGAGCCAAAUGGACGUACGUCGAGAGCGCAAACACCCAUGAGCCCGUCUCGUGCCAAUACCCCUCUGAUGGUACGAACCCCCUUUACCCUGAAUUCCCCCCAAGGAUCCCCCAUCCCGCGGCCACGCACCCCUGGAUCGUUUCUCCCAAGGCUGAGUUCUAAACCUGGAAGCCCCAGUAAGGCGGAUUUGUCUUCUAUCACCAGUCCCAAUGGUGUUGCUGGAGCAGGCUCUGGCCAGUGCUUGACUGAGUCCUCUGGAUGGAUCACCCCGGGGUUUUCUAAUCCUACCCCCUACACCCACUCCAAUCUAUUUGAGCCCAAAUCAGCUAAAUCUCGACUUUAUGUUAUUAAGGAACCGACCCCUGCACUGAACUUCCCCCGCCGGCACAUACGUGAACGACCAUGCGCCCUUCCUAGGCUACCUGAUAUGAGCCACCUUACUGUGGAUAUGGACUCAAAUUCCGACUAUGUCGUUUUGGUGUCGAUGUAUGAGGUAUACAAUGACCGAAUUUUCGAUCUUCUCUCCCCCUCUAUUGUCUCAGGUCAGGGCAACAUGUCCCGCGGAAAUAAUCAAAAGGAUCGGCGACGUCCCUUGCUCUUUAAACCUACCGAAGGCUCACCAGACCGGAAACUGGUCGCCGGCCUACGCAAAAUUGCUUGCGGCAGCUACGAGGAAGCACUGGCUAUCUUGGACGUUGGUUUGACUGAACGUAAGGUAACUGGUACUGGGAUGAAUAGCGUGAGCUCGCGAAGCCACGGCUUCUUUUCCCUAGAAGUCAAGAAGCGGACAUAUUCAAAGCGAACUGGUGAACACAACUGGACUGGAAACGCACUCACUGUUGUGGAUCUUGCUGGCUCCGAGCGUGCGAGAACAGCAAAGACAGCCGGAGCCACACUCGCUGAGGCUGGAAAGAUCAAUGAAAGCUUGAUGUAUCUCGGCCAGUGCCUGCAGAUGCAAAGCAACAUACAGGAUGGACUGAAGACCGCGCUUGUUCCUUAUCGGCAGUGCAAAUUGACCGAGCUUCUGUUUUCAAACUCAUUCCCAUCAUCUCACCAGAUGUCUAGAGGCCAAUAUCCCCAAAAGGCUAUCAUGAUCGUCACCGCUGACCCUCUGGGUGAUUUCAACGCCACUUCCCAAAUUUUGCGUUACUCCGCGUUGGCGCGUGAGGUUACGGUUGCCCGAAUCCCCUCUGUCUGUGAAUCUAUUUUGUCCGUCGCUUCUGGUAGCCACCGCUCAGUCAGUGGCUGCACUUCGCCAAAUUUCGAUCCAACCGAAGAGUUCGAGAGAGCUGCUGCUGAGAUUACACGCCUCACACGCGACUGCCAUGGUCUUGCUGUCAAACUAGCUGAAGAAGAGAUUGCACGGUCUGACGUCGAAAUGAGACUUAGAGCUGCCGAAGAAAGAUGCCUCAUAAUUGAGCAAGAUGUCCGAGAAGAAUGCUGGGCAGAGAUGGAUGAGAAAUCGGAAGAAGAAAGGCGACGCUGGCAAAGGGCAUGGGACGAACAGAUCGGUCGCAAUGACGAGCACAUCGACAGGAAGGUUGAGCUUGUAUCGCGUGGAUUCCAAAUCUUUGAAGAUUCAGGUUCGAAGGAACGAAUGGAAGAGCUGGAGCAAGAAAAUGACCAGCUUCGCCGCAAGCUUGCCGCUCUUGAGCGUGAGAUGCACAAUCAAUCCCCGACAAGAAAGCACAGACCCAAGAAUGUCACGCCCGCGCGGUCUAAUCUGCUCGGCCGUGAGAGCGAUAUUGAGAAUGCGUUGCAACGCAUGGACCAACUGAAGCUCGCAGAUACCAUGUUUGCUCCUCCAUCGCCAGGAGCCUCUCCUAUCAAGAAGACGAGAAAGAUGGGAACUCGGAAAUGGGACCUCGCCCCCGAGGACCAGAUCUAA